UCUCUUCUUCUGCUAUCCCCACGCGAAUUAAAGACUUUUCUAUAUUCUGAUUGUAAUCUUCAUUUAUCUUAUCAGAUGAAUGAAAUUUCAGUUUUGCUGUUAAAAAAAAACUAACAAUAUUUUUUGUUCAGCUUGAUUUCUCUUUGCCGAAAGUCCUGUUAUAAAGAACUUUGACAACGGAACAAACCAGCAGAGAAUAAGAGGAAUUUUCUGAGGUCUGGUUGGAGAUAUUGCGAAGAGGGAAAGACAGUGGAUUGCUCGUGUUUUCGCUCCAUUUGAGAGAGGACCCUUAGUCAUCCGUUAUUGAAACAGAUUUGAUGGAGAUAUCGCUGCUAAAAGUGCUUCUCAAUGACAUCUCUAGUUUCUUUCAAUUGUUACAUAGCGACAACAUACAAUUCGAACCGGUCCUGAGAUAUUACCUCAAGAUUGAAGGGAUCCUGAAGUUGUUAAAGUCAGUACUUGAUGCCAUUGUUGAUGCUGAAAUAGCUUCAAAUGAAACCUUUCAAAAGGCGUUUGCUGGAAUGGGUCAGUCUGUUGAUGAAAUUAGGGAGCUAUUUGAAAGCUGUCAGCAGUUGAUGAGUAAACUUUAUUUUGUUCUGCAAGCUGAAUCAUUAAUAGCAAAAAUUCGGAUUUAUGGCGUGGAAAAUUUGGAGCUACUGAAUCAUUGUCUCCCUGCUGAAUUAAGUGCAACAUCGCUUGAGCACUGCGUUCAGAAAUUUAAGCAAAUGGGAUAUGAGCAAAUACCAGCUCUUAUUACAAAAGCUAAUCGUGAUCGAGUGGAGGUCUCUGAACCCAGCUCAAAGGGCCUAGCUAAAAUUGCAGAUUACCUGAGCUUAAGGUCAAACCAGGAUUUUUUCAUUGAGGCUGUGGCCCUCGAAAAGUUGAAGGAGAAUGCUGAACAAGCUGAAAAGAAUGGGGAAGUUGAGUAUAUUGAUCAAAUGAUAGCUCUUGUUACUAACAUGCAUGACCACUUUGUUACGAUGAAUCAGUCCCAGAGCUGUUAUCCCAUACUGAUACCUGCUGAUUACUGCUGCCCCCUCUCACUUGAGCUCAUGACAGAUCCUGUGAUUGUUUCUUCUGGACAAACUUAUGAGCGGAAUUUUAUUCGGAAAUGGAUUGACCUUGGGCUCACUGUUUGCCCCAAGACUCGGCAAACUCUCGCCCAUACCAAUCUUAUUCCCAAUUACACUGUAAAGGCACUGAUUGCAAAUUGGUGUGAUUCAAACAAUGUGAAGCUGCCUGACCCCAUGAAGUCAAUGAGCUUGAACCAGCCUACGUCUCUUCUUACGGAUGCAGAAUCUGGUGCUACCAGUGAUUCACCUGUUUUUCCUCAUUCAAGGAACAACCAAUCUACAUCACCAGACACAAUUCGGUCAAUAGGCUCGCCUGGAAGGAACUUAAUCUCAUCAAGUGAAAUCCAUAGAGAAGUAUCCUCUCCAUUGCAUCCCCGUUCAUCCUCAGAGGAUUCCUUGUCUGGAGUAGCUGAAAAGGGCCAUGGAUUGGAUAUUGAGAGAAUAUUGCUUGAAAGUUCUGAAGACAGUUUGGCUAAUUCAGGAGAGAGAAGUUUGGAUUCAGGUGGCCAACUUUCUAUGUCACCAUCAAGAAAAGAAUUUUCUAGUAAUGCUGGGGCAGACAAACAGUCAUCUAUGGGCCACAAUCGUACAAUCUCAGCCUCCAGCGCACACUCUAAUUCAAAUGUUUCACAAGGAAUGCCUGGUGAUAGUAAUGAGGUCUCCUCAGAGGCAACAACCUACAGCACUGAUUCUUCAGGGGAGGCAACAUCAGAACCCCAGCCGGCUGCUAUGCUGACUGCCCCACAGAGAGAGCCCGAGUUCCCAUCUCCAUUGGAAACAAGAUCUCAUAGCCAAGCAAUCUGGUGCAGACCAUCUGAGAGGCUUGUUCCAAGGAUAGUUUCUUCUCCUGCCAUUGAAACGAGGGCUGAUCUUUCUGGAGUUGAAACCAAAAUCCGGAAGCUGGUUGAGGACUUGAAGAGCUCUUUUCUUGAUGCGCAAAGAAGCGCCACUGCUGAAAUCCGGUUACUUGCAAAGCAUAACAUGGAUAAUCGAAUUGUAAUUGCAAAUUUUGGGGCCAUCAGCUUGUUGGUUACUCUUCUUCGUUCAACUGACACAAAAAUACAGGAAAAUGCCGUUACUGCACUUCUCAACCUAUCAAUAAGUGAUAAUAACAAGGCAGCAAUUGCAAAUGCUGAUGCAAUUGAACCUCUUAUUCAUGUCCUGAGGACAGGGAGCCCUGAAGCUAAGGAGAAUUCUGCUGCUACUCUUUUUAGCCUAUCGGGGGCUGAGGGUAACAGGGUCAGGAUUGGGAGGUCUGGAGCAAUUCAACCUCUUGUUGAUUUAUUAGGAAACGGAACUCCUAGGGGGAAAAAAGAUGCAUCCACAGCGUUGUUUAACUUGUCAAUCUUGCAUGAAAACAAGGCCCGUGUUGUGCAGGCAGGUGCUGUGAAGUACCUCGUAGAGUUGAUGGACCCUGCUGCUGGGAUGGUUGAUAAGGCAGUUGCUGUUUUGUCCAAUCUCUCUACCAUUCCCGAGGGAAGGGCAGCGAUUGGUCAGGCGGGAGGGAUCCCUGUUCUGGUCGAGGUUGUUGAGUUGGGUUCUGCAAGAUCGAAAGAGAAUGCAGCUGCUGUUCUCCUACAGCUAUGCUCUAACAGCAAUAGGUUCUGCAAUAUCAUUCUCCAGGAAGGGGCCGUUCCACCAUUAGUAAUAUUGUCACAAUCUGGCACACCAAGAGCCAAAGAAAAGGCUCAGUUACUGCUCAGCCUCUUCAGAAACCAACGACAUGGUAAUGCUGGGAGGGGAUGACUUGGAUAGAAUGACAUUUGGUGGUUAUGCGAUGUUUUAUGGUAAGAUGUAUGAUGUAUGUAAAUCUUGUGUUGCAAAUUUGGCAUAUGAAGAUCCUACAUUUUUGGGUGUUCCUUGAUUUGUUAGAACAACUGUAUAAAGAUAUGAUUCGCUGAGGGGUAACUGAGCCAAAAA